CUUUCCCAAAGCUCUAGGUCGGUGAGACUAUUCAUAUGGCUCUCAAAACAUGAAACAUUGUAUAAACCUACUCGUCAUUGAACUAUAUGUAAUAACAGCUAUAUACUUCAUAACGGUGUCUUGUACAUCUAAUAAUCGGGAUUAUGAAAAUAUUCAUUCACUAAAGCUUAACAAAAUUCCUAAUGACUCUUAUAUACUAAUUCACACAUUGGAAGGUGAAAUUUUAUGCGUUCAUAGACGUUCUGGAUACUUAAAAUGGAAGAUUGAUUCUGCUUCCUCUCUUAGUGCAAGUUAUGACAAUGGCCCACUCUUAGUUGUAGAUCCUAUUAGUGGUUCUCUCUACGAAUACGCAAGUUCUGUCUCAGAAUUUCUAUUUCAACAGUUGGAUCAUUCCAUCAUGGGGCACGUACGCCGUUCUCCUGCAUACUACAAGAACUUCUUAUCUCUGGGUUCUAAAUCAGAUUUUUGGACUUCUGUGGAUAUGAAUACAGGGAGAAUUUUCGAGUCAAUAUUUCAAGAUUAUGUGGAUAAGUGUCCAACUUCAUUAAACAAUGAGAAUGUUAACAACAUUCAGAACUCUACUAAAGAAGGGAUCGACAUUAUAAAUCUUGGAAGAACCCAGUAUAGUUUAGUACUUCGUGAUCGUUUUACUGGUUUGGUAAGACUUAAUAUCACUUACAAUACGUUUGCCUCUCAUACAGAAGCAGAUCUGCAAAAUUAUGAUUUACAACACGUUGCUAUUACUCAACCGGCUUUAUUGACUUUUGAAGGAUCUAAGCUAAUAUGGAGUCUACCAUUAUCAUCUCCUGUAAUCGGAAUGUAUGCAUUAUGGUCACCAUCGGAUGAUACAUCAUCCUCUGGUAGUAUUCAUGCAACACAUGAACACAAUAAUAAUAACAAUCAGAAUAACAUAAAUUCACAAUUACAUCAAACACCUUCCAAUCAUCAUAGAUUAAAUGAAAAACUCGAUGCCUCACAGAAUUCCAUUUUCACUAAAUCAAACAAUAAGCUGCAUAACAAUGAUGAUAAUAGCAAUAACAACAAUAAAAAAUCAAUAAAAGAGACAACUAAACUACCACGAAUAUUGAGACGUAUUGCAUUUACCACUUAUGCAUUAGAUUUACACAAUGCAUUAAAUCUUACAGAUGAUCAAAUUUAUCAUGCUAUAGAAGCGAAAUUUAAUGGGACAUUAGAUUUAGCACCAUCAUUAUAUAUUGGACGUUCAAAAUCAACUCCAGUCUAUGCUUUAAUGUGUUUAGCUGAGGCUACAUUGAGAAUACGUGGCUUACGUAGAACAUCUGAAAUGUAUAUGUUAGAAGGUCCAAAAAAUUUAAUCAUUAUGGAUAAUAAUAAUAAUAAUAAUAAUAAUAAUAAUAAUAAUAAUAAUAAUAACCAUCAUCGUAAUCAUCCACAAACAACUAAUACUACACUAACUACUGAUACAAACAAUCCUAAUAGUAAUGAUCAUUAUAUGCAUUACAAUAGAGAUAAUUGGCCAAUUGGUCUUAUUGGUUUAUAUGAAUUGCCUACAAAUUAUAAGAGAACAACAACAACAACAUCGUCAUCCUCAUCGUCAUCAGCAUCAUCAUCAUCAUGGGAUGUUGACGAUGAGAAUAUCAUGGAUGAUCAAUCAAUGUCUACACUGAAACGUGGCAAACGAUUGAAACGUUUAUCAUCGGAUUCAUCUACAAUGUGGGCUGUCAUUGUACCUCCACCAAAUCCUGUAACAAAUCCAACAGAAUCUGUAAAUUCUACAAAAAUCACUGUUAUCAAUACACACAUCAAAGAGAUUGAUAAUUAUUCUGGAAAUAAGCAUAAAAAAAUCAUGUCUACUAAUAAAUUACUAUGGUACAUGUCAAUGCUCUUCACUGUUUUGUGUAUAUUUUCUGUGUCUAUAUACUUUGUCAACAAUUUUAUGCAAUCUAAUACAACAAGCCAUUUAACAUUAAUUACACAAUUUAAAACAGUUUUAACAAAUUUCAAUAUUGUAUACGAUGUCAUUUCGAAAUCAUACACUACACAUAUUGACACAAAGAAUAAUCAUCCAUCAACAAGUACAUUUAGAACAAAAACGGAUCUAUCAAAGGUAACAAGUUCCAUGGUAGCAGGUCUACUUCCAUCUCAUUUUGAUACACCAGAUUCUACUGGUUGGGCUGGGUGUUCAGCACAAGAAGCUGGUCAACCGGAACCAAUUCGUUUUAAUUUGAACAAAGUUUUAGGUCAUGGUGCAAAUGGUACUAUGGUUUUCGCAUUCUACAUAUCAUUAUGGUUGAUACUUUUGCUGAAUGUGAUUUAUUGGUGUUGUUUGAUAGCUGCUAUCUCUUAUGGACACUUCUUGGCAGAUGCGUCAUCAGAUAAGAUUUCCAAUUCACAUAUAGUGACAAGAGUUUUUACAGCUGUGAAUUCUGGCCUUUCAUUAAUUCCCUGUUUCACAGGUUUAAUACUGUACAGUCGUCCUGUUCUUAGCAGAUAUCAGCAUAUCCGGUGUUGUUAUUCAUUGAUUCAACGAUUUGGUUACUCUUCACAUUAUAGACGUUUUUCAGAAGGCCAAAAUCAAUUUGACAGCAUUAGUUCUGUUAGCGAAUGAUUUUCCUUAUCACACCAAUGUGUCUUUAUUUAUAAUUUCGCUACAAUGUUUUUUUACUAAUGCCAACAUUUUUGUUAAAAAUAAAUAAUCAGUUCAAUUCUAUAUUUUAUGCAUAUGUUUAUGUAAAACUCCUUAAACACUAUUCAUUACCAUUUAUAAAAAAAAAUCUCAAGAUUUUCUCAUUUAUAUGCGUUAAUUUUACUUAUCAUAUUCUGAAUAAGAAAAUGUACAAUAAAUCUCUCAACUAUAUGCCGAAAUCAUCCUAUUUAACAAAGAUUUUUGGAGUUGGACGAUUUUAAUUUUGUAAUUAUUUUCUAAUAUAUUUUCAAGGUUUUUUUUGCAAUCAACGUACUUAAUUAUCUUACAAGUUUAUUCUCUAUCUUUUAUCCCUGAUCUUUUCCAUUACCGUCAAUAUUGCCAGAACUAUGAGAUUUGACUUGACAAUUUCAUCUUUCUGUGCUAGUGCUGCAGUACGACAAUUUGAACUGAUGUACGUGAAUACCAAGUCCUUCUACGUUAUAGCUGACUGACUGACUGCAAUUUGCUCAAUUUUAUCUCAUUCAUUUUUCUUUCAUUGUUUGUAAUUCAUAUUGUGUAAAAUCAUCCAGUUUUCUGCGAUCACCAGUUAGAUUAAUAUAUUAUUUACUGAAA